AUGACCACUUCUGAGGCCGUUUAUGGCCGCAUUUCCACCUUUACCAAGGACAUGGUUGCCCUCAUGCAGCUCUGCGAUCUGAAUCAGCGGGGCAACCGAUUCAACUGGAAUAUGGAUGAUGGUGAUGAAAGUGAGAAAUCUGAAGAGCCAUUAAUUCCUAAAGAGAAAACCCUGGAUUGUCCAACAGAUGUUUGCAUCAUCUGUUAUGGUCUAUCCCGACGUUCAGCAUCUAAUCCUCCUCAUAAAUUCCCCUCCAGGCGACAAGAUGCUCUUCGCCGCUAUCUCAUUGAUCCUCAUCUUGCCUGUGUGCACGACGGGAUCAGCUGCACCUGGGCAGCCUGCGGCGGUGUCCCUAAGUUCACCAAAGUCACUGAAUUCUUGGCCCAUGCGGCUACCAUUCACCAAUAUGACGUCCAAAUUAGACUGCAGCAUCUCCCAAAAAGACCCCGGGUAAUCUGCAGCGACACUUCAUCUGUCGACAGCUCGGAAGCUUCUCUCAAAUCAAAUGGUCGUUCAAACACCGAGACUCCCGCUUCGUCCGUUGGCUUUGAGAUGGAAAAUAUCGACCCACGCUUGUUGGAAUCCAGCACCACCAUCAGCACACAACCUCCAUUGCGUCGGUCAACGAGAUUGCAAUCCUAA